AUGCCUGUCGUCCCGCCCGAGAAGCUCAUCAAGCUUCAACAUGCCGCCGAUGGCAUUCGAAACAUUUGCAUCCUCGCUCACGUUGACCACGGCAAGACUUCGCUGUCAGAUGCCCUUAUUGCCACAAAUGGAAUCAUUUCUCCAAAGCUGGCUGGCAGGAUACGCUAUCUCGACUCGAGGCCCGAUGAACAACUCAGAGGAAUCACCAUGGAGUCUUCGGCCAUCUCCUUGUAUUUUUCCCUCUUGAAACGCUCUGCUCCAGAUGCUGCCCCCGAGCAAAAAGAAUACCUUAUCAACCUCAUAGACUCUCCCGGACACAUAGAUUUUAGCAGUGAGGUCUCUACUGCUUCAAGACUGUGCGAUGGUGCCGUAGUGCUGGUAGAUGCCAUCGAAGGUGUCUGCAGUCAGACUGUUACCGUUUUGCGACAGUGCUGGAAUGAAAAGCUCAAGCCUUUGCUUGUCAUCAACAAGAUGGAUAGGCUGAUUACCGAAUGGAAGAUGGGGCCUCAAGAAGCCUACACACAUUUGAACAAGGUUAUUGAACAGGUAAAUGCUGUCAUGGGUAGUUUCUUCCAAGGAGAACGUAUGGAAGACGACUUGCGCUGGCGCGAAAGAGUCGAGGAGCGCGUGAGUGCAAAAUCUACAAAGGACACUGUUGUCGAUGAUGAUACCUCUGUCCCUGCCGAAUAUGAGGAGAAGAGUGACGAGGACAUUUACUUUGCUCCCGAGAACAACAAUGUCAUUUUUAGUAGUGCCAUAGACGGAUGGGCCUUUACACCUCGUCAAUUUGCCGCCAUCUACGACAGAAAACUCGGCAUGAAGCGCGAGAUUUUGGAAAAGACCCUCUGGGGCGACUUCUACCUUGACCCGAAGACUAAACGUGUGCUCGGGAGCAAGCACUUGAAGGGCAGGAAUUUGAAGCCCAUGUUUGUCCAACUCGUCCUCGAGCCCAUCUGGGCUGUAUAUGAAGCAACCACAGGCGGAGACCAUGGAAAGGGUGACCCGGCUCUCCUCGAGAAGAUUACAAAGUCCUUGAACCUUACCAUUCCCCAACACAUCAAGCGCUCACGCGAUCCUCGUGCUUUGCUAACCACGGUAUUUGCAAAUUGGUUGCCGCUUUCUACUGCUCUCCUCGUAUCGGUGAUAGAACACUUGCCUUCUCCUGUCAAUGCUCAGGCAGCCCGCAUCCCCCCACUUCUGGAGGCAUCACCUGGCUUUGAUCACAUCGAUCCAAAGGUGACCACGGCCAUGACAGAGUCUAGAAAGUCAACAGAAGAACCUGUUGUCGCAUAUGUCAGUAAGAUGGUAUCGGUACCCGAGAGUGAACUUCCGAUCAACAAGCGACGUGGCGGUGCGCUCACUGCAGAAGAAGCUCGCGAGUUGGGUCGCAAGAAGAGAGCUGAAAUUGCCAAGGCACAAGCUCUUGCGAACGGUGAGAAUACAGAUGUUGAUUCUGUCGCUGAUGCUCUUAGCACGGUGGCUAUUGGGGAGGACGAUGACGAUGCCGACGCCGCUCCCAAUAAUGAUGAGGAAGCAGAGCAAGAAGGCAGAGAACACCUGAUUGGUUUUGCACGAUUGUAUUCUGGCACUUUGACCGUUGGUCAGGAAGUAUAUGUCCUGCCGCCCAAGUUUACUCCAGCCAAUCCCAGAGUUGCACCUGAACCCAAAAAGGUUACAAUCACUGCCUUGUACCUUCUCAUGGGUCGUAGUCUGGAAGCUCUCAACUCUGUUCCUGCGGGCUCCGUUGUUGGUAUCGGUGGUCUUGAGGGAGCCAUCUUGAAGUCGGGCACUCUAUGUUCUCAACUCGACGGCGCACCCAAUCUCUCGUCAUCAUCUGCUAUCAGCACAAAUGCUCCCAUUGUUCGCGUUGCAGUCGAGCCUGCAUGGCCGGCAGAUCUGGACAAGAUGGUCAAAGGCUUACACUUGCUUGAACAGGCCGAUCCUGCAGUCUUGUAUGAGCAACUAGAGAGUGGCGAACACGUUAUUCUCACUGCUGGCGAGUUGCAUCUGGAGCGUUGCUUGAAAGAUCUCCGCGAACGUUUCGCGAAAUGUGACGUUCAAGCGGGAGAAGUCAUUGUGCCUUAUAGAGAAGGUAUCACCAACUACGUCGCUUCAUCAACCACGGAGAACAGAGAAGAGAUGAAUCCUCCAAAGUACCCCGACCUAGGAAGAGGCAGAGUCGAUGUUGUCACUACGAGUAAACAGAUCACAGUGCGUCUGAGUGUACGACCUCUACCCGAGUCCGUUACGCACUUCCUUGUCAAAAACACGGCUGCAAUCAAGAAGCUCUAUUCCGAAAAGAAGGCAGUACAACAAGAUUCCCCUGCUGUUGCAGAACAGGCCGACGAACAAGAAACCGAGCAUGAAGCUGGCAACGAUGUUGGUACUGUCGAGUCGGGUCGAACACUGUCCAUGGACGAAUUCAAGGCUCAGCUGGGUGCAGCAUUUGCUGAACUCAAAGGUGAAAAGGAUAUUUGGCAAGAUGCUACCGAAAAGAUCACAGCUUUUGGACCUCGCAGGGUAGGACCUAAUGUUCUCAUUGAUGCCACCAAAGGAGGGAUCUGCGGAAAAUUCCUACGUAAUGUACAAGACGACAAUGACGAGUCAAACGAAACAGACACCCGACCUGAGCAAUUACGAGCUCAAGACUUUGUCGACAAGGUCACCUAUGCCUUUCAGCUUGCUACAAACCAAGGCCCUCUCUGCAAUGAACCCAUGCAAGGCGUCGCUGUCUUUGUUGAAGAUAUCACCAUCAACAAGACUGACGACGAGCAACAGAAUAUGGGCCGCCUCACUGGUGAAGUGAUCAAGUCUACCCGAGACAGUAUCCGUCAAGGCUUUUUGGACUGGAGUCCCCGUCUGCUCUUGGCCAUGUACAGCUGUGAAAUCCAAGCUUCCGCCGAGGUUCUGGGGCGUGUGUAUGCAGUCAUUACCAGACGCCGCGGUCGAAUCAUCUCCGAGUCUCUCCUCGAGCCCUCGCCCAACUUCACCAUUCUGGCCUUGUUGCCUGUUGCAGAGAGUUUUGGUUUCUCGGAUGAGAUUCGUAAACGAACUUCGGGUGCUGCCAGUCCUCAACUUGUCUUUGAAGGCUUCGAGAUGCUGGAUGAAGACCCCUUCUGGGUGCCCAGAACGGAGGAAGAGAUUGAAGACCUUGGUGAGAAGGGGGACCGAGAAAAUGUUGCCAAGCGAUACGUCGAUGCUGUCAGAGAGCGCAAGGGUCUGUUCGUCCAGCGAAAGGUUGUCGAGCAUGGAGAGAAGCAAAAGACAUUGAAACGUUAA